AUUUGGUCAAUAUGGCAACGCCUGAGAGUUGAGGCCGCUUUGGGGCAACUCCUGCGCCUUUGGUAGAGCUUUUCUCCUCCUCUUCUCCCCCCUCGCCCCCUUUGCAGACUGAAAAUGCUGGACACCAUCAGCAGCCAGUACGAUUCCUUCAUCUACUGGAGGAUGCCGAUCCCGCGGCUGGACGUGGCGGAGCUGGAGGGGCUGGGGCUCAGCGACGUGGCCAUCUACAAGCCCAAAGGAGGGCUGGGCAAGCUCGCCGGCGAGCGGGAUCGGGUCAGCCAGGACAUCUCCGACGAAGAGGACACUCUGCUGCAGUUCAACAGCUUUAAUUUCUGGAGAGCUCCUAUCGCCAGCAUUAGCUCAUUAGAUUUCGAUCUAAUUUGAAGCCCUCCUUUCUGCCCUCCUCACCCCCCCUGCCCUCUCCCUCUCUGCUAGGCAUGCGAGGAUUUGGUUUUGUUGUCGGUUUGGAGGUUGGUUUUUUUGUUUCCGGGAAGCUUUUGACAUCAUUAAUU